AUGCUCGCCUUCACCGGUCCGGAUACGCGAUAUCUGAUCAGUCGUCCUCUAUGGAUUGCGGAGCAGCCACACGUGCAAGUACGAAGUCUAAUGCACGACGACUUUCCCGGUCAUUUUCACGUGACUCGAAGAGAGGCACCUUAUGGACUUCGAGCACGGAGCUAUAAACCUAAAGUAUCCGCGUACCGUAGUACGCUCCAGCUACAAACCCCCUAUCGAGCUACUGGCGGAAUCAGCGAUCACGAAACCAAGUAUAAUACAGCAUCAGAAAAGAUACUUUUUGAUCCGGCAUACAAAGACUGCCGGACAGUUGAUGAUCGACAGGCAAACCGAAUCCGAUGGCGUAGAAUGGGACAGAUAGAAAGAAGUAUUCUUCCACAGGAAAACGAAACUCUUUAUCGUUCGCACUAUCCGAUAAAAACACCAGAACCGGUUCAACGAGUGACCAUGAAACACAUCCCUCUAAAAACAGAACAGGGUUUUGCCAACAAUUCAGUAUACAAGACGGAUUUCGCGAACGUGAAAGUCCCCUGCAAGUGCUAUCCCACACCGUUGCAGCGCAUCCACUCGAAUUCAUCCGGUCGUCAGUCGACCGUACCGAUUGUGAAUGCGAAACUGGAGGGGAAUUUGACCUCGAUACACGAGACCGAACGUGGAACAAACUCACCGGUUAACAAAAGCAGCUAUGAAAUAGAUUACCAAAAGUACCUGCCCCCGACGAACCGAGUCCCGCUGCUUACUCGUCGCAUAGCACCCAAAGUAUUUGCCAGACCGGUGACGAAUCCACCGUUCGAAAUUGCCGAGUUUGAUGCAAACAACUUCAAGUCAAGCUAUCGAGAGCACUACAAAACGACAAACGAUCCGAAAAGACAGUGUUUACCCGCCGCAGGCUCGAUCACUCGCGGUGGUCGAUUGAUUUCGCAACGGGAAACCUAUCCGUACUACUGCACUCCAACUCCAGUAUUGCGUCUCCCUUGUGCACAGAGUGUGCCCAAAACGUUAUCGCCGGUCAAUCCGAAGGAUCGAAGCCAGACCACGGUCGACUGCUACCAGAACAGUUUGGAUCAAAAUAUAUGGCCUUAUCUGGAGCAUAAAUCAAGCUGCUUUUAUACCACCACGACUAACAACAACAAUACGAAGAGCACGAUGUCAACCGAGGAGCAUUCGCUAAAUCCUGCACGAUCACACAUAUCAGUGACCAGUGAUAGUCAGGCUACAAACGAGAGCUUAUCGCAAACCCUAUCCGGACACACCACUCCACAUGAUUCCAUUUCCAAAGCCCAUUCGAAUGAACAUACACUGAGACAUAUUUUAUCCGAAAACGAAUCAGCCCAGGCACCGAAAUGUCAUUGUGAUCCGGCUGUGGCCAAAAUUACCGAUCCCCAUGUGGGAAAGGAAUUGAUGGAGAAAUUGAAUGAGCAAAUUGCUCGGCACGGGACGGAACACAAGGAGACAAGCACUGCGGCCGCGCUGAGAAAACACGUGACAGAAUGUCUGAAAAUUAUGACGUCAUCGGUGAACCUUUCGGACAAAAGUCACUCGGGAACAUGGAAGGCCGAGGUGAACAGGAAACCGAUAGUGCAUCAGAUAAGUGGUCAAUCGGACUUGACCAGUUUGACACUGACUGUCGAAUUGCCCCUGAAAGAUAUUCUAAAUUCGGUAUCCUCGGCAUCCAGCACCAUCGGUGUUUAUUCGGAUAGUCGAUGCGAGGUGAAUCGAUCAUAUACUAGUGAAAUACCGAGGAAUUCAAGAAGUGACCAUCGUCACUCCCUGCCCGGGCACACGCAUCGAAGCAUACUGUUCAAAGCUACCGGUGAAUAUGUGGAUGUUGGUGGCGAGGAUGCUGCUAUUAGAGCAAAAACUUUGGAAGAUUCAAUGUCAGAAAGCUAUUUGACAUCGCUUGGAGAUUUGGAAUCGAUGCCUGACGGACAACUGGACUGGAACAAAGUAGCGGAAUUGGAACAAGCAUUGUGGAAGGAACAUGAAGAUCCGAAAGUAUCCACAUUUGUCCGACAAGGCUCACUAAUGACCUAUGUACGAAUAAUGAAGGACAUACUAAAGGGAUGUGAAAAGAAGUCUGAAAGGCUUGUGGAUGACGCAAACCAAUUCUACGAGGCUCACCAGGCGCAGUUAUCAUCUGCUCAGUUACAAAGAUUAGCUCACCUACGUUUAUUGAUUCAAGACACAAAACAGCAAAUCAAGCUUGUCGAGAAAAUGCUCGAUCCACCAGAUUUGUUCUCUAGCAAACUGAAGGAGGAAGAACUGAUACGUAAGAAACGUUGGCCCUUAAGCACGCCCAUCAGAUCCCGCGAACGUUAUGCACGUCUAACGCGUGUGAUCAUUGAGAUGUUGGCCAUGUCUGAAGAACUACUGGAGAACUUGAAAAACCCGGGAGCGAAUUCUGAAAUGCCCCUUUUCAUCUGA